AUUGUUUACUUUCAUCGUGUUCCGCCCCCGGUUCCGCCGUCAAAUUAGGCCAGGAGUUAAAAGGCGCGGUUCGUGACUAUAGAAAUUGAUAUUGCACAAAUAAGAGCAGAAGCUGAUAAUCGAUGUGCAGUUCUGGUUUACCUAUAGUUCCAUGUGUUUUACUUGCGAAAAUGUAUGCAUACAUAUGUAAUCCCAUGUUUCCAAUUUUCCUCAAAGAUACAUAAUAAUAAUAAUAAUGAUAAUAUGGGUUAUUUAUAUGCGCUAUACACAAAAAGUAUCACAGCGCUUACAAUUGUCAGAAAUAAAAUAUAAAUCUUAAGUCACAAAAAAGUAUAGAAUUGUAUACAUUAAAUUGCAUCAGCUACAGGUGUUCUCAACUACGCCAGAUGAGGCCUGGUGGCCCUUUGCUUGCUGCUUCGUUCACCAACAAUUUAAGGGACAAGCCCGGUCAGCACAUCAUUCACAGAAGCUCUAGUAUAGCACUUGAGGCCACCAGGCCCCAGAUGGGUUAGCCAAGUCAAACCAAACAGUGAUAGCAAAAAUCAUCAAAACAAAUACAAAGAUAUGACUUGAGUUGUCGUUUGAAAGAUGAUAUGGUCGGUACGUGUUGUUCGGAUGGUAUAGAGGGGAGUGUAUUUCAAAGUCUAGAUCCAGCUAUACUAAAACAUUUUUUCUGCUAUGGAGAGGUUUGUUCUCGGAAUAACAAGUUUGGUGGUAUCAUUCAGGGAACGUAGAUUACGAGCAGGUGUGUAAUGAGCAGUUGUGUUUACAAGAUAUGAAGGACCGGUACUGUUAACCAAUUUAUAAAUGUACAGCCCAUGUACAGACAAAGUUUGAACAUGACACGUUAAGAAAAAGGGAGCCAAUGGAGUUCCCUAAUCAAAGGAGACGUAUGUACAUUGCGACCAACUGAAAACACUAAACGUGCGGCACGAUUUUGAACACUGAAGUUUUUUCUGAUCUUUAACACAAAGAACUGAAAAGAGACUAUUAGAAUAGUCAAGUCGAGAAAGUAUAAGUGCCCUAACUGCAUGAUGGCAAGUUUUUUCAUUGAUGAAUCUUCUAAUGCGCCACAGAUUACAGCAUGCCUGAGAGGAACCUGACCUUAAGCCAAGCUGUCAUCAUGGCCUCUGGAUCCAUAUGCAUCUAUGAGAUCUUGAGACGAGUUGCGUCAUGGGUAUCAUGGUGGACGACGCCAGAUGAGCAGGAGAAGGUCGAUGAUGCCGUCCAUGGCAGCGGUGCUUUGCCGGAAUUUGGAGAAAGCCUGCGAGCUCGAGAAUAUUCCUUCCCCGCUGGUACACAUACAGUGAAUAAUGGCGCGUAUGGCUGCGUCCCGCAGAGAGUUCUCCGUAAGCAAAAAAGACUGAUGGAUGAACGAGAGACCAAUCCUGAAAUGUGGUACCGUUAUCUCAGUCCAGCUAUGUACAAAGAUGCCGUCAAGAAUGUUGCAGAGUUCGUGGGAGCAAAACCUGAAAACCUGGUAUUGGUUGAAAAUAUUACAACUGCAACAAACGCCAUCGUAAAAUCUUUCAGGUUCAGAGCUGGUGACCAGAUCUUAGUGACGAAUCAUACAUUUAGGGCUGUGUUGACGACACUGGACUACUGGGUUACCACUCUCAAUCAACUUGGCCGAGAUAUCAGCAUUGUGCCUAUCAAGAUUCCAGUGCAGACGACAGCCAAGGAGAUCAUCGAACUCUAUUCCCGUGCCCUCGAUGAGAACCCCGGUAUCAAGGUAGCUAUGAUUGACCACAUCACAUCUUUCUCAGCGAUUGUGAUGCCGAUCAAGGAACUGGUUGACCUGUGCCACAGCCAUGGAGUGAUAGUUGCAAUCGAUGGUGCGCAUGCGCCAGGACAGAUCCCGCUUCGGUUAGAAGACAUCGGGGCUGACUUUUACUACGGCAACCUGCACAAAUGGCUUUUUUCACCUCGCGGAUGUGCCUUGCUCUACGUCCAUCCCAAACAUCAGCGUUGGAUCCGGACCCCUGUCUCCUCUUACAACACGCUAGAGGAGAAUCUUCAAGAACGCUUCCAGGACAACGGAACCAGGGAUUCGAUCCCUUACUACACUGUUAAACAUUGCAUCAACUUCCUGAAUUACCUUGGCGGCUUGGAACGGGUGACGGCCUACAAUUCUGAGCUUGUCCAAUGGGCAGCUGAAAUGUUGUCCAAAGCUUGGGGCACAACCUGGAUUGAACUCGAGGAAAACCUGAGGGCGCCCUUCAUGCGGCUCAUUGUUCUCCCGCAAACUAAGAAACUAUUAACUUUUAAGACCCAUCGAGAACUGGCUUAUGAGGUUUUGAAACAGCAUGGCAUUGUUAUUGCUAUAACCGGCGAUGGCAAAAACACAUACCUACGUAUCAGCGCUCAAGUAUAUAACUACAAAGAGGAAUAUCACGCACUGCGUGAUGCAAUUAGUGAUAUUCUUGAUAUAUAGAUUCUUGAUAUAUAGAUUCUUGAUAUAUAGAUGUCAUGUUCGUUACUUUUAGUGGAAUUUUUUUGUGUGUGAUCACUCUUGUAGAGAAGUGGUCUCUCGACGUGGACAGUGUUUCCUAAAGCUGUUCGUAAGUUACGAGCGACUUAACGAACGACUGGUGAUCCUUUCUAAAAAAAUAUAUAUGUAAAAAAAUACAUCAACACCAAUAAAAAUCUGGUGUUGAUCAGUUACCACAAAAAAGGAUCAGCAGUCGGCGUUCGUAAAGUGGCUCGUAACUUUCGAACGGCUUUGUGAAACACCCACCGGGUUUGAGGCCAAAUCAGUGCACGAGGGCAUUCAUCUUCUUGAGUCCCUUGGAGAUGUUUUGAAGCAGUUGGUCCUCUAGUCGAUAUUAAUACUGAGAAGUAUCCACGCUUUCUUGGCAAUCAGAAAAACCACCAUUACCAACAACAACCCCAAUUAAUGGCUAUAACACUUAUAUAUUAAUCAACAUUGAGUAAAGUCAAUGUCGGUGCAACUCCCUAGCAUCAGGGCCAAGAAUUUAACAAUACUUUAUUAAAGGGGUUAGUCCGGGCUGAAGAUUAUGUAAUAUGAACAGACAGAGAUUAUAGUUAUAUGCAUAUCGUCAUUAUGCAAUGAGCAAGCUGAUGAUGUGAUAUCCCCAUUUUUCUUUUUGUAUUUUAUGAUUAGAAAUUAUGUUCAAUUUUAUCCAAAAAAGUAUUUAAAAAAUAGAAUUGAAAACUGACUGUGUAAGAUAAUCAUUGCUUAAUAGAAUUGUGUCACGAAAAAAAUAAAUACUGCGGUGCUAAAGCCAGUGUAAUAAUACCCAAGUCCUUUAAUUUGCAAGCGCAUAGGGACGUUAUAUCUAAGGGUUGCAUCUAAUGUGAUAUGCGCUGUAUACAAAAUCUGUGCUAUUAUUAUUAGUAUUAGUAGCAGUAUUAGUAUUAGUAUUAGUAGUAGUAGUAGUAGUAGUAAUAAUAGUAGUAGUAUAGUUGUUGUUGUUGUAGUAGUAGUAUAAUUAUUAUUAUCAUUAUUGCUGAAAGUUAUUGUAUUACGAGAGAAAAUAUUUUUUUUACUCACACGUACAUGAAUUCAUAUGAUACGUACAUGCCAGUAGCGUACAGAUGGGGGAGCUUUGAGGCGCUUGCCCCCUUCCCCCCCAAAAAAAAUCACGACCAAGGGAAAAAAAAGGGUAAAGGAAAGAGAGAAUGGUGAAAUAUGAUAUUAUUUUCUGAAUAUUAUGUCAAAAUUUAUCACAAAAUUAGAUUUUUGUAAUAAAAAUGUCAAAAAAUUUUGCCCGAUACGCCAUAUCUGGCCUCUUCAAAAUUUGGGCUCAUUACACCACUGUUGUGAUUGUAUGCUAUGUGUUUGUUUCUUUGGAUUUGUAAAUUUGUAUUUGUAUUCAUCAAUAAAUGCAUGAACAAAGAAAUAAAAGUGAGAUUGUCAUAGAUAGACUUUGACACCGGCGGGAAUAGAUCGGUUUUCUGCAUUAGCCAUAUCAACGAAACCGACAGCACCAUAAACGUUCAUAUUCAAUUUAACCCUUCGGUAUCUGUUGUAAAAAAGAAAAUACAAAACACUUUUAUUAUCAAAUUCAUAGAUUUCUUUCUGGCUCUCUCUUUCCAUCCCAUCCGGUUUCGUUUUUGGAGUAGGUUAUUUUUUUUUUCUUGGGAGGGGGGGGGGCUGUAACCAUGAUUUUGUGUUUCAGUUCUUUUUUUGUAAUGGGUUGGUCUAAUCACUUUUUUGGCCAUUUCCCUCCUUAUUUUCUUUAACUUAUUUGAUGUACAUUGCUAUUCAUUGUCUGUUUUAUGUAUUUUAUCUGAUCUCUUGAGGAGAAAUAAACCAAACUUGAAACCAUAAACGUUUCGACCAAAUAGGCCAUAGGGGGAGUUUUCUCAACCACAACGCUUUCUGGAACGUAGAGAAUCUAUUGUCAAAAGCCUUUCAUGACAAAGCAGUCUUUGUCAAAAAAGGUGAAUCAAAACAGCAGUGUCGUCUUGGACGGUGGAAAAACGACAUAUUUGCCAUUAUUUGUCCGGUCCGAAUACUGGUCCACCAACAUUCGACAAUGACCUCUAUACUAAUCUGUCCAUUCUGAUUUGACUUGCAUUUCCAAUAGAUUCACCACGUUGCAGUGUCCUUCCCGGUUGCAAUUGCAAAGAAUUCAUAUAUAUUAUGACAUGUAAAUAAUAAACAUCCCAUCAAAGGGAUCCGGACCCCUUGUGAACAAUGUAA